GACAGUAGGAAGGAGAUGAAUAACGCAGGGCAGCCGUCAGUUAGAGUCGCCCAACUCAAACUCAAACUCAAAACCAUUUUAACUGAAACUAAACUCGCGAAAAAGAAAAGAACAAGAAAAUCAAUCCUCGUCUCUUCUGCUCUCUUCUCUUCUCUUCUAUACUUGCAUUCGAUGAGCAGUCAAAGCACAGAGAAAUCCAACAUUCAAGAAACCAUCACAGUACAAGAUAACCCAACCCACAAACAAGAACAAAAACAAGAAAAGCAAUCAAAACAAGUUCAGGAAGCAGAAGAAGAAGACCAAGUUACCGAUGAAGAUUUACAUAAGCUCCUUUUACCUGACGUCAGCAAUCUUCCUAUUGUGCCUCCCUCUUCAAUUGAAACCAACUUCGUCUCUUAUUUCGCUCCAGAUUUUAUGAAGCCAGGGCAUGACCAGUACGUUUAUCGUCAUGCCAAUGGUUUGUGUGUGAUCGGUCUGGCUCCUACACACGUGGCUUUUAAGGAUGAAGGAGGAAUCACAGCCGUUGAUUUUAAUGUUGGCAAGUCUGAUCGGAGUGGUUUUAAGGUUACCGGAAAGCGCAAAAAGAAUGCACAACAUUUUGAGUCCAACACAGCUUUGUGCAAAGUUUGCACGCGGGAUGCUUCCUAUAUUGUCAGUUUGUUAUUGAAUUUCGACAGGUGUUGUGUUAAAGGCUCGCUGUUAGAGGUAAAUGAUAAGCUAAUCAAACAACCGGGAUUGCUUAAUUCUUCUGCAGAUAGAGAAGGAUACACUGCCAUUAUGAUGCCAAAACCAGGAGAUUGGCUGAAGAUCAAGUCUUCAUUACUGACCCUUGAAGAAUACAAGAAAUUGAGAGAAGGAAGGUGAGAAUUGAACAGCUUGGAACAAUUUCUCGGUACCUGGAGAAAAACAAGAAAUACAGAGGCAUGCUGCCUCACCAUGAUCUUUUUACUGGGAAACUCGCCCAUCAUCAUUUUGUACAUUGGGCUCUGCCACCAACCCCAGUUUAGACGCAAACUAGCAUGAUACUUCAACAUCUCAGAGCGCCGAGGGUGAAUUGUACCAUUUUGUUGUUUUAGAUUAAAUUUAUCAAUCUUCCCAAUUAAUAAAAUAAAAACAAUAGGUAAUCUGAAUGUGUUUCUUUUCUGGUA